AUGCCUCCAAUCCCCUCACUCGUCUCUGCACAGUACACGUCCAUCCCCACCAGCGGCAACACUCCCAUGGUCAUCUGCUCGCACUGCCAAACCUUCAAACUGCCCCGAAACUCGCUACGCAGAAAGGAAGAACACCUUCGCACCUGUCCCUCCUUUGCUCUCUCCNCCUUGGCCACCCAACGAGACAUCAAUGGCAGAACUAUGCUGGAGGACUCCAUCGCUAGAAGGGCUGGAAGAACAAAACCAGGAAACUCGAACAAGACAGAGGAAGAAAGAGAAGUGCUCAGGCUUAGGAGAUUGGGUGCUGUGCUCGCUUAUGGAAAUGUCAACGGGGAGUUGCAAGAGGGUAUUCAAGAACGUGUUGAACGUAUUCUUAGAGGGGAGAGUUCGAUGCUUGGGGCACGGGGUGUUGGCAAUGCUAGCGAACAAAGAAGAGCACCAACGUGGCAACCAUCAAACUACGACAAUGGAGGCAACAACGAUGACAGCUUGGACGCUUUCGGAACCUCAGACUUCGAAACACCUACUACCACUGUCAACAACACACAUCAAACCAUGGCCGCACUUCUAGAAUCGGCAACAAGAAAUUCGCACACACCACUUCCUCCCGCGUCGAUGGAGAACUCGAGGAAAAGACCACUGCCAACUGACCUCGACAACACUUCCACAUCACAACAAGGCAACACGAAACGCUUCAAACACGCAGAACUCUACCUCGAUGAAGAUGACCUCGCCUUCAUGACCUCUGCUCAGACGGCCAGAGAAGAGCGAUUUGCUGCUUUGGUGGAGAGGCUUGCUAGACUCGUCAGACUCAGAGACAUGAGAUAA